AUGAUUGAAUGGAUUAAUUUAAAUAUUCAAAAUGAAUCAAUAUUUGCAGGUACAAUGGCUAAUUUAAAAUUAUCAACAGGUCGUCGAAUUAUUGUUCAUUCUCAUUAUGAAUAUAGAAAAAUUCGUCAUCGUAUUAAACUUAUUUAUAGAAUGUUUUCACGAAAUUCACUUCGUUAUAUUCAUUCAAUAUUAAAACAAUAUCAAGUUAAUUAUUAUGUUUAUGAAUCUCAUUGGUGUACAAUAAUAAAUCAUCCAAAAGGAUGCUCAUUUCCUGAAAUGUAUGGAUAUUGA